GUCAAAACAUGAAUACUCUCACUGACAAAGAUGUUGCCAUGUCGCUUCUUGAGGAUUUAACGUCCAAUGUGAAGCAAAUACAAGAUGAAGUAUUAGAAGAGAUACUAAGAUGUGAUGCAAACACUGAGUACCUUCAAAGUUUUCUCCAUGGGAGUGCUGAUAAAGAGCUGUUCAAGAAGAAUGUACCGGUAGGGACCUAUGAAGAUUUCAAGCCUUACAUCGAGCGUGUCGUCAACGGAGAGCCAUCUGGUCUCGUUUCCGGCAGGCCUCUUACUGGAUUCGUGCUAUCGUCUGGAACGUCAAGCGGGAAACAGAAGUUAAUACCUAUGAACGACAAAUACUUGGAGAACACAAAAUUAUUAACUGAUUUUCGGUCCAUCGUAUUAUCCAAGCAUGUCGAUGGUCACAACCAAGGAAAAUCGCUGAAGCUCCUCUUCACCGGGCCAUCCUCCAUGACUCUAUCUGGUUUGCCAGCUUCUUACGCUAGUACAUUUUUCUUUAAAAGCGAUUAUUUUAAGAACCCACCAUCAUUUUGGGACACUUCGUUCACAACUCCCGGUGAAGUUAUAUAUUGUCCCGACACGAAGCAGAGUUUAUACUGUCAACUUCUUUGUGGUCUUGUCAUGAGAGAUGAAGUUACUGGAAUCGGUGCUGUGUUCGCUUCUAUCUUUGUCCAAGGAAUGAUUUUCCUUGAAAAAACUUGGAAAGACAUGUGCAGUAACAUACGGUCAGGUCAGCUCAGUGACUGGAUCACCGACCUCGGAUGCAGAGAAUCUGUUUCUAAGAUACUUGGAGGACCUAAUCCUCAAUUGGCAGACCAAAUCCAAGACAUAUGCAGCCAAAAAUCAUGGAAAGGUAUAAUCCCACAGCUUUGGCCUAACACCAAAUUUGUCGAGGGUGUUAUUACAGGACAGAUGGCUCAAUAUGUUCCAGCGUUGGAGUUUUACGUCGAUGAUCAGUUGCCUCUAUAUUCCCCAGCGUAUUCCUCUUCUGAAUCUCCGUUCGCGGUAAAUAUGAAUCCUCUAUGCAAACCACAAGAUAUAUCCUACACAUUUAUUCCCAACAUGUCAUACUUCGAGUUUCUACCGAUUGAUGAGGGAAAUGAUGACGCAAUUGUGGAUCUUGUGGACGUCAAGUUAGGUAGCUACUACGAACUCGUAGUCACCACUUAUUCAGGUUUACACAGGUGUAAAGUGGGUGAUGUUCUCCAGGUGACUGGGUUUUAUAAUAGCGCACCACAGUUUAAAUUCGUACGCAGACAAAAUGUGGUCAUAAGUGUAUAUUUGGAGGCCACAACUGAAGAAGAGCUUUUAAAAGCAGUGAAACGUGCUACAGAAGUCAUUGAAUCUUCAAAUAUAAUGCUGAGGGAUUUCACAUGCUAUCCUCAUAUCGCUGACACUCCAGGUCACUAUGUUCUUUAUUGGGAACUCAAAGGCAACAACUAUGAUGGCAUCAGUGAGCUUGAUCCUGAUAUGAUGGUGGAAUGCUGCUCGGUAAUCGAAGAAUCACUCAAUGCUCUUUACAGGAAAUUUAGGAGCAAGGAGAAAACUAUUGGAGCGUUGGAGAUAAGGGUUGUUCAACCAGGAACGUUUGACUCUCUCAUGGAAUAUUUCAUUGCUCAAGGUGCUACUUUGACUCAAUACAAGACACCGAGAUGCAUAAAAUCUCCCGAGGCCUUACAAGUUCUUGAAAGCAAGGUUGUUUCUCGUUUUUCGGGCGAGAAAUUACCUCAUGUGGACUCUGUUCUGUGUUAACGGAUGAUCAACUUCUAUAUUUUCAUAAUAAUCACUUUGUUGCACAUCGUUUAUAAUAAAAUCUGCCGAAAAAUGUGGAUAUGUUGUAUUAAUCUU